AUGGCAUCAGCUUUAAUAACCAGAGGAAGUAAAAAAACAAGUGAAGCAAAUUGUGAGUGUAUAAAUACUGGAAACUUUGAGGUGAGAAUUAACAAAGUUCCGCUGGCAAAAGUCACGGAUAAUUUAAUGAAGGGUAAAUUUGAUGAAAUAAUCGGUUUAUUAGGAAAUGAGGUUGUUAAAGGUCUUGAUUUUAACAUCACAACCAGUAAGAAAGAAGGAUUUACUGCAAAAAUUUAUGCAGCAAGACAAGCAUUCUGUAGAGCAAUAUUAGCUUAUUACGGAUCUUUUGAUGAAUUUAAGAAACAAGAAUUAAAAAAGAUUUUCUAUGAUUUUGACCGUACAACAGUAGUUACUGAUAUGAGAGUCAAAGAACCUAAGAAAUUCGGUGGACCAGGUGCCAGAGCAAGAUACCAGAAAUCUUACCGUUAA